UGGACCCGGCCAUUGGCAGCCCCUGCGUCCUCCCUUCUCCGCGGAGCCGAGGGGGGUGGGGCCGCGUCUCGCCCCGGAAGCGGAAGUGCGCCUGGUCCGGUCUCUGUCCGCUCGGGCGCGCGUUCUCGGUUCCGCCGCCGGCCGCCGCGCCCUCCGGGUCGUCCGCAUCCCCUCCGCCGGCGCCGCCAUGCUGUCUCUAGAUUUCCUGGACGAUGUGCGGCGGAUGAACAAGCGGCAGCUCUACUACCAAGUCCUCAAUUUUGGGAUGAUUGUCUCCUCGGCACUGAUGAUCUGGAAGGGCUUGAUGGUGGUAACUGGAAGUGAAAGUCCCAUUGUAGUAGUGCUCAGUGGAAGCAUGGAACCUGCAUUUCACAGAGGAGAUCUUCUGUUUCUGACAAAUCGAGUUGAAGAUCCCAUCCGAGUGGGAGAAAUUGUUGUUUUUAGGAUAGAAGGAAGAGAGAUUCCUAUAGUCCAUCGGGUCUUGAAGAUUCAUGAAAAGCAAAAUGGAAAUAUCAAGUUUUUAACCAAAGGAGAUAAUAAUGCAGUUGAUGACCGAGGUCUCUAUAAGCAAGGACAACACUGGCUAGAGAAAAAAGAUGUUGUGGGGAGAGCAAGGGGAUUCGUCCCUUACAUUGGAAUCGUGACAAUCCUCAUGAACGACUACCCUAAAUUUAAGUACGCGGUGCUCUUCCUGCUGGGUCUGUUUGUGCUGGUGCAUCGUGAGUAAGCCGUCUGCCCCGCUGUUCCUGAAGACGCCGUGUUUUCUCUUACUGGAUGUCGGGAGUCGCAGUUGGCAGGAAGGAGGACACGGUGCUGGCUCCUGGCCACGCUGGUUCGCGCUGUUUUUGUUUCCAUGCCAGGAUAGGUGUUGGCAGCUGUGUGCGCGCCACAUGCGCACCCCAGGCGACUUUCACAGGAUUUCAUACGUUGUCAUUGUCACACUUUCACAUUUUUUGUACAUCAGUGGAUUUUUUAUAUUAAAAGGUUGAGCCAAAGCCCCCAGUGUUUGUACUUUGAAGCCCAGCUUCACUUCUAAGUGCCUACAGAGUGCUGUAAACGCAAACGCAGCUCUGCUGGAGUUGAAACCGGCACCCCUUAGGAUGGGGGCAGCACAUACUAAGGUGGUUGUCACUCUUACCUUUUCACGAUUUUAAUAAAAGACUUUGCAUAUUGA